AUGUCGGCGCUGGAGUGGUUCGCGCACAAGCCCCUGGGCGACGGCAUCUUCUGGAUCCAAGAGCGCUUCUACGAGUCGGGCAACCGGGCUAACAUCUGGCUGGUGCGGGGCUCGCAGCGGGACGUGGUGAUCGACGCGGGGCUGGGGCUGCGCAGCCUGCCCGACUACCUGCGAGCCGCCGGGCUGCUGGCGCCGGCGGAGGGGGCCGGGCCGCGGCCGCUGCUGGCCGUCGCCACCCACGUCCACUUCGACCACUCGGGCGGGCUGCAGCACUUCGAGGAGGUGGCGGUGCACAGCGCCGAGGCGGCGGCCCUGCUGCGCGGCGACAACUACGAGACCGUCACCUGGCUGUCGGACCGGGAGGUGGCCCGGCCGCCGCGGCCCGGUUGGCGGGCACGGCAGUUCCGCGUCCCGCCCGUCCGGCCCAGCCGGCUGCUGCAGGAGGGGGAUGUGAUCAGCCUUGGAGACCGACAGCUUACUGUCAUGCACAUGCCUGGUCAUUCAAGAGGCAGUAUUUGCUUACACGACAAAGACCGGAAGAUUUUGUUCAGCGGAGAUGUAGUGUACGAUGGAUCCAUGAUUGACUGGCUUCCCUACAGCAGAGUAAGUGACUACGUUGCAAGUUGCCAGCGCCUCAUGGAGUUAGUGGACAGAGGUCUUGUGGAGAAGGUACUGCCUGGGCACUUUAACAUAUUUGGGGCAGAAAGGCUGUAUCGGUUAGCUUCCAACUACAUUUCGCAAGCUGGAGUUUGUCACAAGAUUUCUACUUGUGCCAUGAGAUCCAUUGCCAGCAUAGCACUUCGCAUUACAAAUUCGAGAGUCACUUCUUAGUGACAGUCCAUUUUGUCUGAUCUGUUCCCUGUUGAAAAACCAAAUGGCUUGUGACAGUGUUGAUAGAAGCAAAAGCAGUGUGCAUUAGUAAAAAGCUGGCAAAUUGAUACAGAUGAGCUGCAAAAAUUCUCCCUAUUUUUGCCUACUUUAUUCUUAUUUUUAUAAAAAGUAUGUAAGCUAGUAGCUUUAGCCAAAGCUAGCAUUUUUCUUUCUAUUUUUUCAGGGCAUGUUUGUACACGUAUUGUGAUUGAGAUAUAUUGUUUUAUUUUUGUUAUGAUUCUGACAGACGCAUAUAUGCCAAAAUGAGAGGUUUUAAAUUCAUGCCUGAAACCUUGUUGAUGUAGCACUAGGCUUGUGACUAUUCACUCAACUCCUGCUCAGGUUUUGGCCUAACACAGCUUGUGCUAAGACUUGGUGUGUCCUGGGAGCAGCGCCGUUAGGUCAAAGCAAGAGCAACACCUACGCAGGACUCAGUGGACAGAAAGAGAUAAGGGCCAUUCUGCAGGGGUUGUCACCUGCCACUUGGUGUCUGCUGCACCCGUCAUCGCCUGCAUCUUUGCAAAGGAGCUGUCUGGCAGUUUCUUUAGAAUCCGCUAACAUAUGGAAACGCUAUAGACCAAACUUCCAAGCUAGAAGGUGUCAUAACCCGACUGCCCUGAGGGGUUUUGUGUUGGGAAAGGUUCAGACUGCUGAGGAGACAGAUCCGGGCUAUCCUCUGCAGUGCGAUGCCCCGAUGCCGCCUCGGCUGCCUUACUUCCGCCCAACUGUUUAAAGUAGGUAUACAUCCAAUACCAAACCAAUGUACACAAAAUAAUACUUGAAAAUAGGAGAUAAAAGUACCCAUUGGGUUCCAAUAGGAAGAGAAUUAAACCAAUGAAACAUCAGGGUUGCCGAUAUAUGUACGUUUUAUUAAGCAUCUAGGUAUGCACUAAUAGUUGCUAUGUUAGAUCUAACUUCAUUCAGAUGGUCAUUGGUAAAAGUAUAUAGUAAUUUACUAGCAACAGAAACGACGCUAAUACAGAUAACACUUAGGAUUGCAGUUACAGCGACUGGCAGUAUCGUAUGGACGUGGCCGGGAGGAUGUCACCGCACUGGUGAGAUCCUCACUUAGCUCUGUCCUAAAGUCAGCUUUUAUGGCACAAGGUUGCUUUACCUACGCGCAAUUGCUUGCAGCUGUGAUCCGAAAUCCAACCACAAACCACAGGGCAAGUGCGUUCUCGAUUUUAGGCACAGAAAGUGCUGUGGCACACUUAGGCGCAGUCAGGGGUUUUCUAAGCAUCCUCUGUGUGCGUGUGGUUUGUAGGCCAGUGUGCAUCCUGUCGGUGCACAUCAUCCGGCUAGAGAGAGGCAGAAGGGGGGGCGGAUCGGUCACCACACUCCACCCUGUGAUUUCAGAUCAACAAACUCAGCAAGUGGACCGUCUCUCCAGGAUCCUCCUGAGGGCCUCUCUGUAGGACUGCAACCUUAUGGGUUACAUGUUGCAUAUUGAUUAUAUGAUUAAAGCAAGCUUUAAAAAUACAAAUGCAUAAACUAACAGUGAUUACAAUGAUGAGCAGCCAUUUCAAGCCAUGAAAAUAAACCUCUCCACUUAAUGCCUAAUGUGUUAAAAAUUGAGGCGAAAAAAGUUUUAUCUAAAAAUUCCUGCUGCUGUCGUAAUUGAGAAUUAAGGGUAGACAUUCUGUUCACAAUAUCUUGUAGUUCAUUGUCCGUGGUUUCUCUGUCAAAAACUAGACAGCAUUCAUCUGCAGUUUGAUUUAGAACAACACAUAAGCCUCCUUCUUUCACCAAUAAGUCAUCUGUGGCAAAUCCGUUUUCUGAUAGCAACUGUCUGGUGACUUUCAUUUGACCUCCAAGGAUGUUUAUGGCAUCCCGAGUUAAAUUGCCAAGAUGUUGAACACCUGUAUAUAAAUCUGUCAGUGCAAUCUGUUGUUUAACAGAAACUAGAUGAGGGAGAAAUACGGAUUCAAGAACCUGGGAAAAUGUUAUAGACUUCCACAAAG